UGACAAGCCCGUUUAACUUUUGAACACUAAAAUUGCCUAUAUGCACCCAAAAAAAAAGACCAAGAAAAAUACUGUAGAGAAAAGUCGUGGGAAGUAUCGUUGAACAAACAACAUGUCUGACAUCUCCAACCAUAUGUGUGUAUAUAUUUUCUCAUAACUCAAGACAAUGGCGUAGAGGGCAAAAGAGAGAGAGAGAAAAAAAUGAGAAGUUCACCAAACUACCACCAUCCUUACACCUUCGUCUUCGUCGUCAUUUUGUUUCCAGCUUUAGCUGUCUCUUACAAAACACUGUCGGCGACAGAAUCUCUCACUAUCUCAAGCAACGAAACUAUUGUAUCUCAUAACGAAACCUUCGAGCUCGGUUUCUUCACUCCAGGAUCAAGUUCUCGUUGGUAUCUCGGGAUAUGGUACAAGAAAAUCCCCACCAGAACCUACGUGUGGGUUGCUAACAGAGACAACCCACUGUCUCAUCCCAACGGAUCUCUCAAAAUAUCUUCAGACAAUAACCUCGUCAUUUACGAUCACUCCUCCAACACUCCUGUUUGGUCAACGAAUCUAACCGUUGGCACUUUGAGAUCUCCACUGGUGGCAGAGCUUCUCGAUAACGGCAACUUCGUGCUCAGGCACUCCAACAAUAACGAGUACUUGUGGCAGAGUUUCGAUUUUCCGACGGAUACUUUACUUCCGGAUAUGAAACUCGGCUGGGAUAAAAAAACCGGUUUAGACCGAGUCUUGAGAUCGUGGAGAGGUGUAGAAGAUCCAUCGAGCGGCGAUUUCUCGACUAAACUCGAAACCAGAGGCUUCCCUGAGUAUUACGUGUUCAACAAGGAAAGAAUUAUCUACCGGAGCGGUCCGUGGAUCGGAAACCGGUUUAGCUGCAUACCGGAGAUGAAACCAGUUGAUUACAUGGUUUACACUUUCAUAGCAAGUAACGAAGAAGUGACUUACUCGUACCAAAUGACCAAACCCGACGUUUACUCCGUAUUAAGCGUAAGCUACAUGGGAACCUUACAACGACGGAAUUGGAUUGAGUCAGCACAGAUUUGGAAACAGUUGUGGUACCAACCAAAGGACAUAUGCGACAACUACAAACAGUGUGGGAGUUAUGGUUAUGGCGAUUCCAACACCAUACCGAGCUGUAAUUGCAUCAAAGGGUUUGAGCGACGAAACGAGCAAGAGUGGGCUUUGAGAGAUGAUUCAGCCGGUUGCGUGAGGAAGACAAAGCUGAGUUGUGAUGGUAGAGAUGGGUUUGUGGUUGUGAAGAAGAUGAAAUUGCCGGAUACUACGGCUACAGUUCUGGACAGAGGAAUUGGGUUGAAGGAGUGUGAAGCCAAGUGCCUAAAUGAUUGUAACUGUACGGCCUACGCUAAUACUGAUAUACGUGACGGCGGAUCGGGUUGUGUGAUUUGGAAGGGAGGGCUUUUCGAUAUCCGGAGUUAUGCAAAUGGUGGUCAGGAUCUCUACGUUAAACUAGCCGCUACUGAUCUCGAUCAUGUCAGGAUAACAAGCCAUGGAACAAUCAUAGGUUCGGGUAUUGGAGUGACCAUUUUUCUUCUAAUAAGUAUCAUCAUCUUAUUCGGCUAUUGGAAAAGAAAACAGAAGAGUGAUAUAACAAUUCAAACACCUCGUGUUGAUCAAGUGAGAAGCCAAGAUUUGCUAAUAGACGAAGUGCUAUUAACAAGUGAGAGAUACAUAUCCAGAGAAAACAAAACAGAUGAUCUAGAGCUUCCAUUGAUGGAGUUUGAAGCUCUUGCCAUGGCAACAAACAGAUUUUCUGACGCUAACAUGCUUGGACAAGGUGGUUUCGGUAUUGUUUACAAGGGAAUGUUACCUGAUGGGAAAGAAAUCGCAGUAAAGAGACUAUCUAAAAUGUCUUUACAAGGGACCGAUGAGUUCAAGAAUGAGGUCAGACUAAUUGCAAGGCUUCAGCACAUAAACCUGGUCCGGCUUCUUGGUUGUUGCGUCGAUAAGGGCGAGAAGAUGUUGAUAUAUGAGUACUUGGAGAAUCUAAGCCUUGAUUCUCAUCUCUUUGACAAAAUCCGACGCUCUAACUUAAGUUGGCAAAAGAGAUUUGAUAUUACCAAUGGUAUUGCUAGAGGACUUCUUUAUCUUCACCAAGAUUCACGGUUUAGGAUUAUCCAUAGAGACUUGAAAGCAAGUAACGUCUUGCUUGAUAAAAAUAUGACUCCGAAGAUAUCGGAUUUCGGGAUGGCAAGGAUCUUUGGACGGGAUGAGACAGAAGCUAACACAAGGAAGGUGGUUGGAACUUACGGCUACAUGGCUCCAGAGUAUGCAAUGGACGGGAUAUUCUCGAUGAAGUCAGAUGUUUUCAGCUUCGGGGUCUUGCUUCUUGAGAUUAUAACUGGCAAGAGGAGUAAAGGAUUCUACAACUCUAACCGUGACAAUAACCUCCUUGGUUUUGUGUGGAGGUAUUGGAAAGAAGGAAAAGGGAUAGAGAUCGUAGACCCAAUCAUCAUGGAUUCUUCAUCAUCAGCACUCCGUACACAUGAAAUCUUAAGAUGUAUACAAAUUGGUCUCUUGUGUGUUCAAGAACGUGCUGAAGACAGACCAGUGAUGUCGACUGUUAUGGUGAUGCUUGGGAGCGAAACUACGGCUAUUCCUCAGCCUAAACGGCCCGGUUUCUGCGUUGGGAGAAGUCUUCUUGAGACUGAAUCAUCGUCAAGUACCCAGCACGAUGAUGAUUUGACAGUGAACCAAAUCACUCUCUCAGUCAUUGACGCCCGGUAGAUUGAACGUUACAUAGACAAUCUGUUUAUAUGCAUAUCAAUUGCUAUUUUGCUAUGUAAUAAUUAAUAGCGCAAAUUUUACUACUUGAUAUUAAAUAACUUGCUCUAUCUAAUGUAGUUUUGGAACAGAGUUAUUACUGACUCGAAGAAUUUGGAUUAGAGAGAGAACUAUGAAAAAAUAGAUAGAUUUUUAUAUUCGAGUCUCCUAUAUAAUAAAUGAGGCAUUAGCUAGAUAAAUCAUUUAACACUAGUAGAUGAAUAUAUAAAAAUAAGAAAUUAUUUGAAAUACCUCUAAUGAACAAAUUGAAACAAGUUGUGGGACAUGGAUAUUCAGUUACCCCCUCGCCACCAAUAUUGUCUAAUGCUGAUGAGUUGUUAGUUGAACCAGAGGUAGUUGCCACUAGAUAUGAUGCAUAUCAUAAGGACAUUUGGAGGUUUUAGUGACCUGAAAAAAUUUACCGUCACAUGGAACUUCUUGGAUGAGGCAAGACUCAAUUCCCUACAUUUACGCGUGAGGACAAGCUCGUUUUUUGUAAUGGGAAUAUUGAUAUGCCACUAAAAGUAUACAUAUCAAGAAAACUAAGGAAGAUGAGCGCUGAAAGACGAGGAAUAGAAGAUGAGGUUGCAAAUGUUUUAUUCUAAUUCAAUCACACAGGGGUGGUCUAGUCACUAGUGGUAGGUGGAUUACGGAGAGACUUGGGUUCAAAACAACCCAUGAUAUUAAACAUGUGUGGCUACGCGGAUAUGAGACCACACUUUAGAUCUCAUUUGAAUAUCCGGAUUGAGAGUCCAUCAGUGGAUCAAACCACCAUUUUAUAGAUUAUUCUGAACCUCUCUAUGCGUCUGGGAUACUCACAAGACUGAACAAAAAGGAAAAAAAUUCUAACAGUCAAGAGAAUAAAAAUAGUUAAUAUUGUAACCGAUCCUUGAACUAUAAAAGGAAUCAUAGUUUGUUUUUGCAAUUCUUUAUGCGUUUAGUGCAUGCUGUUUGGGCUUGAUUUCUCUGAGUGUAGAGAUUCAAGGUUUGGAGUCUUCAAGUCGUUACGUUUUGGAUUGUACUUGGUUACUUGAACUUCAGAGCAAUAACGUGGUUGAGUUUUUGUCAAAAAAAAAAUAACGUGGUUGAGUUCUUAUCAGAGAACGUUCUUGUUGACUAGUGGGAUUUGUACUCUGAUUAGGCCUUUCAUGUUAAAAUCUGAUAAUUGGGCUAAAAUUUAUUUCGUUGUGGCCCAAUAUAUCCACAGUCUUCUUUUUGAUGCUCUGUAUACUUUCAGAAAUAGAUGACAAGAUAUAGGAGGGAAAGGUCACUGUUUAAAAUCAGACACAAACUAGGAAGAUUCCAUUAGAGAAUCGUGGAUAUAAGAACACCCGUAAGGUUAAGUCAAGUACUAUUUGCUUUACCAUUACUACAAAUUGAAGCUGGACUCGUUUGGUUGGUAUACAUUUAUUGGGCAAUAAAUUGAAAACUAGAGAAGAAUGAUAAUAUUUGCUAGGUCAACUCUAUAGUCAAUGGAUACUUCAAAUACAAACAAGAAGACCAAGAAAAGUACUGUAUGUAGAGAAAAGUCGUGGAAGUAUUAUCGUUCACACAUUGAACACACAACAUGUCUUUACAUCUCAAGACAAAGAUAUGUUGUGUAUAAAUUUUCUCAUAACUCAAGACAAUGUCAUAGAGAGUAAUAAAGAGAGAGAAAAAAAGAUGAGAAGUCAUGUACCAUACUACCACCAUCCUUACACCUUCUUCUUCGUCUUCAUUUUGUUUCCAGCUUUGGGUGUCUAUGCCAACACACUGUCGCCUACAGAAUCUCUCACUAUCUCAAACAACAAAACCAUUGUAUCUCGUAACGAGACCUUCGAGCUCGGUUUCUUCACUCCAGGAUCAAGUUCUCGUUGGUAUCUCGGGAUAUGGUACAAGAAAAUCCCCACCAGAACCUACGUGUGGGUUGCCAACAGAGACAACCCUCUAUCUCGUCCCAGCGGAUCUCUCAAAAUAUCUUCAGACAACAACCUCGUCAUUUACGAUCACUCCGACACACCUGUCUGGUCAACGAAUCUAACCGUUGGAGCUUCGAGAUCUCCAGUGGUGGCAGAGCUUCUCGACAACGGUAAUUUCGUGCUGAACAGUAACGAUCCAGAAGGGUACUUGUGGCAGAGUUUCGAUUUUCCGACAGAUACUUUACUUCCGGAUAUGAAACUCGGUUGGGAUAAAAAAACCGGUUUGGACAGAGUCUUGAGAUCCUGGAAAAGUGUAGAA